AUGUCAGAUCUUGCGAAUGAACUAGGCUUUGACCCUAGUUUGAAGAAGAAGAAGAAGGUAAAGAAGGUUGCGCCGGAGGAAGCUAUAGGGGCCGCAGAGGCGUCAGUGGAGGGCGAUGACUUAUUCGCUGGGCUUAAGAAGAAAAAGAAGAAGGCCAAGGAGGGCUCCAAAGAAGAGGAGGGCACAGGCGAUGCGCUGGAUGAGCUAACGGAGGCGCUGGGCGAGCUGAAGUUGAAGAAAAAGAAGAAGAAGAAGGAGGCCGCAGCCCUGGAUGUGUUCGACAAGGAGCUGGAGAAGGCCGGUGUAUCGGUGGAGGAGGGCAGCGCAGAGCCAGGAGUAUCUGCAGGUGCAGCGUCGGAGGUGCAGGAGGACGUGGGGUUGCCGUACUCUGAUCUGCUGUCGCGCUUCUUCAAGAUUCUACGUACAAACAACCCUGAGUUGGCGGGUGACAGAUCGGGUCCUAAGUUCCGUAUUCCUCCUCCAGUGUGCCAGAGAGACGGUAAGAAGACCAUCUUUGCGAAUAUCCAAGAGAUCAGCGAGAAGCUGCAGCGGUCGCCGGAACAUCUGAUCCAGUAUCUAUUUGCCGAACUGGGUACUUCUGGGUCCAUCGACGGGCAGAAGCGGUUGGUCAUUAAGGGUAAGUUCCUUUCCAAGCAGAUGGAGAACGUGCUCAGAAGAUACAUCAUGGAGUAUGUUACGUGUAAGACAUGUAAGAGCAUUAACACCGAGCUGAAGAAAGAGCAGUCCAACAGAUUGUUCUUCCUUGUCUGCAAAAGUUGCGGGUCCACGAGAUCCGUCUCUUCCAUCAAAACUGGUUUCCAGGCGACUGUCAAAAGAAGAAGAUUUUAA